CUAAAGAAGAAUAUGCAGGGUGUGUGUGUUAAACAUCUGUUUGUUAUACAUUUGAGAGAAUGUUGUCUGACUGGCAUAAGUAAAUCUUAUUUACCAGCAAGAAGCAUGAAUUUCUUACUGUAACUGUGUAAGCUAUGUCACAUAACUUGUUUCACACUUGAAAGUGAAAGUAAAACAUGUAUUUAAGCUGUUCUGAUACUUAGUCUAGGAAACAGUUCUCAUUGCUCUAACAAAGACAUAUGAAUGAACGUCUGGCAACAUGGAAUCUCGCGCUAUUCGUCAGUUCCCAAAAUUUCCUCCGUCAAGAAGAACUUUUGCCAGGGUUGCAUCUGUCUCCCAAGACUCCCUGACUCGUGAUGAGGAGCUUCGUAUUGUCCUGACUGGAAAGACUGGGAAUGGGAAGAGUGCAUCGGGAAACACCCUUCUCAACCGACAUGCAUUUGCUUCAGUCCUCUCUCCAGGUUCAGUGACAUCUGAGUGUGAAAAGGCCAGAGGCACAGUCCAUGGACGGAGGAUCGCUGUCAUUGACACCCCAGGAAUUUUUGACACCAAAUAUAAAGAAUAUGAAGUAGUGCAUAAGCUGAAGACUUGUAUCUCCAUGUCUGCUCCUGGACCCCACGUUUUCCUCAUAAUAAUAAAGUUGGACCGGUUUACAGAAGAGGAACAGAGGUCAGUGGAGCUCAUCCAACAGGUGUUUGGAGAUAAAGCCGCAGACUACUCUCUGGUUCUUUUUACUUAUGGAGAUCAACUGGGAAACAUGACAAUUGAAUCUUUCACCCGUCAAUGCCCAAAGCUCACCAAAUUAAUCCAAGAAUGCAAUGGUCGGUAUCAUGUCUUCAACAAUAAAGACUGGAGCUGCAGCCAGGUACCACAGCUUUUCGAGAAAAUAGAAAGAAUGGUUACAAGCAAUGGUGGAAGCUACUACACAAAUGAAAUGUUUCAGGAGGCCGAGAGAGCCGUCCAAGAGUCAAUGGAGAAGUUAUUAAAAGACAGUGAUGAAAGGAAACGCAAGGAUGAAGAAGCACUAAAGGUCAACCUGAAAGGACAGGAGCUACAGAUGAAACUAAAAGAGUUAGAAGAUGAAUAUAAAAUGCAGGCAAGAGAAAAAGCAGAGAAGAAGAACAAAUAUAUCUUCCCUGGUUUAGUUCUGACCGCUGCUGAAGUGGGUCUGGCGGUUGGUGCAGGUGCAGGUAGUGUCUGUGGUCCACUGGGUAUAGGCCUGGGCGCGGUGGUGGGGGGUCUAGUCGGAGCUACUGUAGGAUUGUUGGGACCGGCUGCAGUAGUAGCUGUCAGAAACCACUGUGUCACACAGUAAAAGAUCACAUCAUGUGUUCAGUCAUAUCACUGUCAUCACUGAUAGUCAUCACAAUUACCUAUGGAACUCCUACAAGACUUUCACGUCAGAGCUCGGGAGCUUUGGGUAUUUCCUCAGGAGAAUGUUGAAUGACUGGUUUGUUAUACUUGUAUGAUAAGCACAGACUAUGUAAGCUGUGACCCACAAAGGAAAACAGUCUUCAUAUGCCAAGAAAAUAUUGAAAUCAUUGUACUGGGUUCAGAAAAUGUUUUUUUUUUUCUACCAUUGUAA